GAGAGAGAAUUAAAAUCCCAUGUGCUCCCAUUACCCAGAGAAAAUUACUUUAAAACAAUGAAAUAUGAGAGCGCAGAAUUAGAAUAAUACUUAGAUUGUGCACACUGUCUCAUUGAUUCAUGCAUGGCCCUCUUUUAUUUUAUCCAUUGACUUGUUCUUUUAUUUAAUUUUAAUAAUAAUCAUACAAUUAUUAAAUAACCAAUAAACGAUUUUAAUUAUAUAAUGACAUAAUAACCACCUAUCAACAGACCGGAGCACUAAAAUAUCAACAAUAACUUAAAUUCAUUUAUGUAAUUCUCCCAUAUUCUGACUUCCUUUCCUCAAACACAGUGACCAUGAUCCUGAAGUAUUUCAUUAAUAUUCUUUUGUUUGUAACAAGUUGAUUGCAUGCCAUAUAUAUAUGUAGCCCUAAAUAAUACAGUGUUUAGUUUUACUUGAUUUUGAAUAAUAUAAAAAAGAUAUUAUUUUAUAUGCAGUCUUUUGGGACUUGGUAUCUUAAUUUAACAUCUCCCUGUAUUAUGAGUAGCAGUAGAGAAUUCAUAUCACUUCUAUAUAAUAGUUCAUUGUGUAAACAUAUCAUGAUUUAUCCAUUUUCCUUUUGGUACUUUUACUGCUUCUGUUUAUUUUUUGAAAACAUUUAUAUCAUUUCUCUUUUAUAAAAUAUGAAUAUUAUACUUACUUUCCUGUGUCUUAUUCCUCUCACUGAUGUUACCUUGUGAACAUAUUUCCAUUUCAGUAAAUAUUCAUUUAUAAAUUUAAAUAUUCUUUUAUAAAUUUGCAUGAUACUCCAUCAUAUAGUUUCCAUACAAUUUUUCAGCAAUACCAGUUUUUGAACAUGUGGACUGCUUGUAAUUUUUUGCUGUGAUAAGCAUUAUGAUGUAUAUGGCCUUUGGCUCAGCAGUUCUUCUUUUAUAAAUUUAUCCUAAGUAAUAUCUGAACAAAUCUGCACACAAAUAUAUACAAGGCCACUAUGUAGGACAACGCGGUUUGUAUUCUGCACAACUUACACAACGUAUUUGCUCAUCAUAGCAGUUUUUAUAAUACAAACAUUUGGAAGAAACUUAAUGCCCACCAAUGUGAGAUGGAGUAUAAAAAUAUACAUUAAAAUCGUAACAAAAAUGCACAGUUGUUGACACAGAAAGUUGCUCACAAUUUAUAGUUAUGUGAAAGAAACAGGUUAAGUGGCAGAGUGAUUCCACCUUGUAAAAAAAGUAAAUAUACCUGUGGAAGAGUCUGGAAAAACAUACACGAAAAACUUUAUGGUGAUUAUUUCUGGGUAUUGAGAUUAUUUGAGAAUUUAAAUUUUUUUGCUUUGCUUACUUAUAUUUUGAAAUGUUUUCAACAGCAAAUAUUGAUUACAUGUACAAUAAAGAAGAUGAAUAAAUAAUAAAUUUUGUGCAUAAUUGUUAAAAUAUUUUCCUGAAAAUAAAAUAUCUUCACAUCACAAGAACUUUAGAAAAAGCAAAAUGAACAUAUAGAAGAAAACAAUUACACACAAUCUUACCCAGCCAGCAAUAAUUAAUUUACAAUCUCCAGUGUGUUUACUUCUGGUCAUUUGUCUCUGAUUAUGUAUUUUAAAAUAGUUGCAAUCAUAUUUUAUAUAACCUUGUAUACUGAUUUCUCAGUUAACACUAUAAAAUGAAUAUAUCUUAGAUAUUUUAAUGGAAUAAUACUCCAUCAUAGGUACAGAGCACAUUUAAGCAUUCCCUCUUAUGUUUUUGUUUUUAUUUUUCACUCUAUCAAAUAACUAUGUGAGGCACAUCUUUGUGCAAUACAUUCUCACAUUUUAAAUAAUGUUCUUAGAUAGAUUCCUUGAAGUGGGAAAUACGAAGUCAAAGAGAACAUUUUAAUAUUCCUUUAUAUAUUUUGCCAAACAAUAUUUCAUAUAUACUUAAAGGGAGAAUGGAGUAGAAGGGAAAAAAAAGAAGUCAAAACAUAUGAAGCCCAUGGCCAUUGUUAGUAAUGAUUAGUAAAACUGAUAUAAAAGCAUUUGUCUUAUGUAACCCACAAGGUUAUAUUGCAAUAACCAAAUGAGAAAAUAGAUCAGAGUCACCAUAGAUGUUACUUCCUCAGGAAACUUUCUUCUGCUUUCUAAAUUCUCACAGAAUCUUAUACUUACUUUUCCUUCAUAGCCUUACUGCAAUUGGUAAGUAAUUGUUCAAUUAUUUGUACAUUGUCUAUUUCCCAUAGAUGAUUUUAUGCUCCAUUAAUACAUGCCUGGCACAGUUGGCGCUCAAUAAAUACUUGUUGAAUGAAUGAAUGAGUGAAUGAAUGGAUAAAUGAGGCAAUAGCAUUCUGUAAACUGUAAAACAUUAGACAUUCAAAAGGUAUUGCUAUUUUAAUUAGUAUUACUGUUAUUGUUCCAUUUAGUUACCAUAUGGAUGAUUCUAAAUCUUUGGAGAGUCCUCACUAACUGUAUAAAUUUUAUUAUGUGGCUUUCAGGCUUUUCAUGCCUGCCUCUCAGGCCUUUCAUGCCAGCCAGAGGCAUGGGUAGCAACAUUACUGGAAGCACCUGAUGAGAGCUGAGACUUGGAGAACCAAAUAAUUAGUUCUCUAGGUCAGCAUGCUGGGAUUUAAGGAGUUGGAGUUACCAUGAGUUGAAUACAAAGUAGUGGUCAGGAACCCAGGAGGUCAUGAUAUUUGAAAAAGCAGGUAGAUCCUGGGGGUCAAAGACAAACUAAUGGUAUGUGCUCUAGAUAGUAAGGUGCAAAUUGGAGAAUGGUCAGUGAUAAGGGAUUAAAAUAGAUGAGAGUUAAAUUGCAAGCAUCAGUGUUUAAAAAUUGGAGCUAUAAAUAUGAUUCAAAAGCAAAGGGCAAUUGAACUCAGUUCUCCCUUAUAUCCUUCCUGCAAAAACUGAAAAUGAUAUCAGAAUGUAUUUGCACCUACUUCCAUAUACGUGAGCAAGAGAAUGAUAGUAGCUGGUUGAGGAAUAAAAGCUGUGAAUACUAAGAGGCUCUGAUAGUGACUGGAUCAAGAAAGACCAUUUAUAUAUAAGAUCUUAUAAUAUUCUACUCAUAAUAUGGGAGCAAUCAAGCUUUGGAUCCCAUCAUUCUCAUCUUAAUUUUCAACAGCAGAUAUUGUAGCAUAGCAGUUAGGACCUGGACUCUGGAAACAGGAUAGCUGGGUUUAAAUCCCAGCUCUAUUAUUUAGUAAUUGCGUCUUUGAGGCAAUUUACUUCAUCUUUGUGUGCCAGUUUCCUCAUCUGUAAAGUGGGGAUAAUGAUAGCACCUACUUCUAUGGUUAUGACGAUUAAAUUAGUUAAUGCAUGUAAGGAUAUUAGAAUGGUGCCUGGACAUAGUAAAAGCUAUGUCAUGUGUUGUUGUUAUUAUUAUCUAGUCACGUAAGACCAAACAAAUGAAAAUUAAUAUUAUUUAAAAGGGGACAAAUAAUAUGUUAACUUUAUCUAAAAUACCAGAGUUAAACAAGAAUUUUGCUUUAAAUAAAAACCUCACUUGUACCUAAACAUAGUCAACUGUAUAAAAACUAUGAUCACUCGGAAAAUAGGAAACUGUUGCAGCAAUGCCAUCUGUCUAUUCUAUAGCUUUUUAAAACAACACUCUCUUAAAAGUUGUAGAGAUUAAAUACACAAUUCCUAAUAGCAAAAAAAAAAAUUUGCAGUACAGUUGGUUCAUAAGAUCUUAACUAAAAGGAGGCAUACCCUAUUAAAAUUUUUUGAAGCGAAUUCAACAAGAAGCAGAAAUAUUUGAGUUGGAAAAUCUGUCUGUGGAAAGAUCUUAGAUCUUAACAUAGAAAGGCCUGGACAGGGGAAGAUUCGAUUUGAAAAGGCUUGGACCUGGGGAAAAUUAGGAAGACCAAGGCCAUAAAACAUGUUUGAAUACCUGAAUAUUGCAGACACUGGAAGACCUGAAUGUUAGAAGAUCGGCACAACUGGAGACGUUGGAAGACGUUGAUGCUGAGCCGCUGAUGGAAGACUGGGUAGUAGUUGGAAGACAUGACGAUGCUGGAAGACAUAGAGAUAUUGGAAGACGUGGAGAUGCUGGAAGACGUGGAGAUGCUGGAAGACGUAGGGAUGCUGGAAGACAAGUAGAUGCUGGAAGCCCUGGAGAUGCUGGAAGACCUGGAGAUGUAGGAAGACAUGGAUUUGUUGGAAGACGUGGCUUAGUUGGAAGACAUGGAUUUUCUGGAAGACAUGGCUUUGUUGGAAGACAUGGAUUUUCUGGAAGACGUAGCCUUGUGGGAAGACAUGGAUUUCUGGAAGACGUACCUUUGUUGGAAGACAUAAGUAAGCUGGAAGACAUGAAUUUGAUGGAAGACAUGGUUUUGCUGGAAGACGUGGAUUUGCUGGAAGACUGGAUUUACUGGAAGACUUGGAGGUUCUUGGAAGACAUGGAUUGUCCGGAAGACAUAAAUUGUCUGGAAGACAUGGACUUUCUGGAAGACCUUGGGGUUGUUGGAAGACUUGGAGUUGUUGGAAGACCUGGAGUUGUUGGAAGACCUUGACACUGGCUCCAUUGGAAACCCUGGACAUUGGAAACAUUGCAAGCACAGGAUGUUGGAGACAUUGGAAGCCUUGGAUUUCAGAGAUAUUGGUUACUGUGGACACUGGAGACUUCGGAGGCCCUGAAGUUUGGCUUAUUGGAUAUUGGAAAUCAUAAACACUGGAAGCCCUGGACAUUAGCUAUACUGUAAGUCUCGUACUUUGAAACUCCUAAGCACUGGCGGAUAACUGAGGAUGUAGAUAUUUAAAUAUCCUGAAAUCAAAAUCCCUGGAUAUUGGGAGACAUUGAAAAACAUAGACAUUUACAUAAUUAUAUCAAAAGACAAACAAUUUGGAAGAAUUAAAUUUUAAAGAUGCUUGAGGCCACCAAUGCUGGCAGCCCCAGACAUUAGGAGAUCUGAAUAUUAGGAGAUACGGAUUUUAAAGUAUCUAGUCAUUCAGACAUUGGAAAUAUUGAAAUACCUAAAAGCUGGGAGACCUGAUUCUUGGAGAUAGUGAAAGACUUGGGCACUGUAGGAACUGGUGAUUUAAAAAAAAAAUUUUUUUAAGACCAAGAUUUAAGAGACAGUCAAAGAUAUGGUAACUGAAUAAUGCAAGUGCUAGAAGAUAUUUAAAAAUCUAGACAAAUACUGUAAAACUCAUGGACUCUAGAAGACCUGUAUAUAGUAGACUUUGGAGGCUUAGAACCAAAGAAUUGUAAGUUAGAACUUUGUCUCCUGAAAAACAAAAUCUGGAUGAAGUUUGACUGCUGGUGACAUUGGAAAAAUCUAACUUUUAAUUGCUCCAAUAAUGGGAAGAUUGGAAAAUAUGGGCACUGAAGAUGCUGCAGGCCAGAGACAUAGACCAUAUAAUAUUUGGAAGAUCUGUCAAUUUAAGAUGUUGGAAGAUGUGGAACUCAGAAAACCUGAGUUAGAGACACUGAAGAAUAAAAAGGCCUAAUCAUAAAGGUAUUAGAAAGCUAUGUUUAAAAAA